GGAGAAGAAAAAAAUGGAGAGAACCCCUCGGCCUGAAAUGGGUCGGGAACGGGGUAGAGGACGGUCUGUAACUAGGGGAGAGCCAGCAGAGCCUCACAUGGUGAAGCACACACUCCUGUGUCUCGUCCUCGCUUCCACUGACAAGGCAGGGACAGACUAACCGGGCGGCAGCAAUGUCUCUACUGUCCUUAACCAACCCUCCCGGCUGGAGCGUGUGCUCUGCUCUCUGUAUCCUCAUCGUGUUGCUCCCAGAGGCCAAAGCAGAUGGCCUGAACACUACCACUCAGCGCAAUGGCGGGGGAUCCCAGUGUGGGGAGUACACUAACCAGGUGAUGGAGGAUGGGAUGUGUCGGCUGGUGGCCACACUACCUCAGCUGCACGAGCAGAAAUGCCCGGAUAUGUUUCGCUGCACGGACGAAGUUUCCUACUGGCUGCACGAGAACGAGGAGAGGAAGCAGCAGAUCGUGGCGCUGAAGGAGACCAUCUCUGAGCUGCAGGAGGAGCUGAGGAACCACCGGCACCGCAUCAAAGUCCUCGAGCUGCAGAGUGAAGAGAGGAACCACUUAAAUACCUCUUUGGAGCAGCGUUUUCAUGAGUUGGAGCAUCACUACGCUGAAGCCACCACCCUGCUGCACCUUCAGGGCACCCUAAUCCUAGACCUCCAGACCCACCUCCAUAAUCUGACUCUUUUGGUGGAUAAAGUAAAAAGAAGCCCCGGGUGCUUGAUCAACGUCCUCCAUCCCAACCCGCUGAUGAGUGCUCAAGAACCUCAGCACUCAGUGCAUGUGAGGAACUGUCCCAUAGACUGCGCUUCCAUCUACUACAAUGGAGUGAGGAGAUCAGGUCUCUACACAGUGGUGCCAUCAAUGGCCGGCGUGCCUGUGGAGGUCUAUUGUGACAUGGAUACAGAUGGUGGUGGCUGGACUGUGAUCCAGCGACGUGCUGACGGCUCGCUGAGCUUUGACCGCAGCUGGAGGGACUACAGGGACGGUUUUGGGGACCUGCACUCGGAGUUCUGGCUGGGCAACAAUCACAUACAUGAGCUGAGCACCCAGGGAGACUACAGCCUCCGCAUCGACCUGGAGGACUGGAGCAACAUGCACAAACAUGCCCUCUACCAGAGCUUCAGUGUGGAAGAUGAGGAGCAUCUGUACCGUCUCCAUGUGUCAGGCUUCAGCGGGACAGUGCAGGACUCUUUCAGCUGGUACCACGACAAGCAGGGCUUCAGCACCCCAGACAGUGGCAACAUCUGCGCUGAGAUCUCCCACGGCGGAUGGUGGUACAAUCAGUGCUUCUACGCCAACCUUAACGGUGUCUACUACAGGGGAGGCCAUUACACUGCUAAAGGCCGGGGGCCGCUGGGUCCUGAUGGGAUCGUUUGGUACUCCUGGAGAGACUCUGACUAUUACUCCCUACGCAAAGUCAGCAUGAUGAUCCGACCACGCUCUUUCCGAACCCGUUUGUCACCAUGACCCACUGUUGUCAUGACAACUGUAAAUACACAGGAACAAUCCCAGCUGUUGGGCUCACAUGGGGAUCUCUCGGGGACACCGUAGUCACGAUGACCUCCAGUGAUGUUUUUAUUGACAGAGCUCAUCAAGAAGGAACUGAAUGUCACUUAUGUCAACAACAAUGGCCUCGCUCCUGCUAUUUUUGAACCGCUACACGUGCAAAUAUGACUGGUAUGCUCGAUAUUUUCAAAACAGUGGGGAUUUUCUGCUGCACAUUAUUUUGAAACCACAAACUUUAUACUGUGGAGUUCUGUUUGGGACAUGAACAUUUUUCAUUCAGCCACGGAGGAACCAAGUUCUUCCAUUUUUUUCUACUUCUAUUUUGUACUUGUAUUUGUAGUUUAAUGCAUCGACACUUGACACACUAUUAGCAACCCAGCCAAAAAAAGAAAACCGGACAUUUUUGUGAUGUGUUGACGUAAGGGGCUCCCAGACGAGGCAUGUGGCAGGAAGAUCACAUGAAACAGUUUAUUGAAUUAUCUGCAUAUGGUGUGUGCUUAUUGCAUAUUUAUGAUGACUAUUAUCUAAUUUCAUUCAUUUUGAAUUUGCAGCCAACUAUGAGUUUAAACCAUUGUGUAUUUUCUUUGUUGAAAUAAAAAGGGUUUUAAGACUAAAACAUCGGAACAUAAGAACACUGUAUUGUAUUAGAUUUAAUAUCCCUUUGGUUUGAUAAGUGCUACUGUCUCACAGUACAGGGUAUGGCAGAGAAGCUGUGCUAUAUGACGACUGUGUAUACUGUAUGGAUUGUACAAUAAACAUAUAUACAAAAUGUGA